UGCGAAAUAUGUAAUCAACACACAGCCAUCUACACUUGCCCUAAGUGCAAGAAGAAGACCUGCACUGCACAAUGCUCGACGAGACACAAAACUCUGUUCUCAUGCAAUGGCCAAAGGGACCGAGCGGCUUACAUACCCAUUAAUCAAUACGGAUGGGGUUCUAUGAUGGAUGAUUAUGUCCUCCUGGAGGAUGUAGGACGA